AUGAGGUUCUUAACUUUCAUUUUCGCUACUACAGCUUUAGCACAGUACUGCAAGGCCCCUCCAGAUAAUUGCGUGGAUGUCGAUUGUGGCAAAUACUAUCUGCCAGGAGACCACGGAUAUUGUAACUACGAUGAUGGAAAAGAGAAAUGUCCGGGUAGAAACUACAAAUGCUGUCGAUCACAACUUGAUGCAGCCCUUUUCUGUUACUAG